GGGGCCUUGACACCCUUUUCCUUUGCUCGCGCAACCCCCGGCCAGGGUCUGGAGCUGGCCGCCGAUGUCAGUCAGACGUGGGGUUUCAAUAAAAUCGACGCUCUUUGGACUAGCAGCAACGAUGCCGUCGUUGGCGCCGCCUACAUUAACCAUGCGAUUCUACCUCAGCGCCGUCUCACACCUCUUUCUGGCCACCCAAGCCCGCGCUUGUCUUGCAUCGACAGCCUCCAAGGUGUACACACAGUCUUUCCACAGCAACGCUACAAUCAACAUGCCCGCCCUCGACGUGCUCAUCAUCGGUGGCGGCCCCGGCGGCCUCGCCGUCGCGACGGGCCUCGCGCGGCAGCUCUACACGGCCGUCGUCUUCGACUCGGGCGUCUACCGCAACGCCCGCACCAAGCACAUGCACAACGUCCCGACCUGGGACCACCGCGACCCGGCGGACUUCCGGGCCAAGGCGCGUGCCGACAUCCUUGCGCGCUACGACACGAUCCAGUUUGAGGAGACCAAGGUAGAGUCGGUGCGCCGCACGGACAACGGGCGCUUCGAGGCCACCGACGCCAAGGGCACGACUUGGACUGGCAAGAAGAUUGUCCUGGCCUCGGGGGUGCGCGACAUCUACCCCGACAUCCCUGGCUACGAUGACGUCUGGGGACGCGGCGUCUACCACUGCCUGUUCUGCGAUGGCUUCGAGGACCGCGACUCCGCCUCGGCCGGCGUCCUCGCCAUUGGCGACAUUGCCAAGCUGCCUCCCGCCCUGCACCUCGCCCGCAUGGCGAAGCGGCUCGCCAAAAAGGUCAUCAUCUACACCGAUGGCUCCAAGGAGUUGUCCAGCCAGCUCGUGACGGCGCUGGGCAACGACACCAUCAUAUCCAUUGACGAGCGCCGCGUCACAAAGCUCCAAAAGGUCAACGAUGACUCGUCCGAGACGAUUGUGCAUCUCGACGACGGCACGAGCAUCUCGCACGGGUUUGUGGUCCACAAGCCCAAGGGCCAAGUCAGCGGCCCCUUUGUAGAGCAGCUGGGCCUGGAGAUCAAUGAGAUGGGGGUCAUCAAGACGAACCAGCCCUUCUACGAGACAACUGUUCCUGGAGUCUUUGCGGUCGGGGACUGUGCGGCGCCCAUGCCUGCCGUGGUGAAUGCGUUGGCGAUGGGCGCGUUUGCCGCCGGUGGCCUCGUCGCCCAGCUUGGAGCCGAGUGAGGGGGAGAGCCUACCAAGCACGAAGUACAUAAUUAGAUGAUCAAUUCUUCUCAUUAUUAGUCAAGCCCUUCAUCAUUGCAUGCUGAA